UUUGGCUUUUAGCCUUUUCAUUUUCCCUCUCUUCUUUCUCUCGUCUCGGCUACUGAGACGCUUAAAACUGUUAACAGUGCAUCACUUUACUGGUCACAUUUUCUGCUGCUUCCUGUUCUUUUUAUUUUGACAAAGCACCAACACAUUAUCCAAUUACAACGCAACACAUUCCCUCAUAAUUUCCUUCAACAACUUCUACCCACUCUUCACUCACCCUAAGUUUUCAAUUUCAGCUGCUGAAACCCUAAAAUGGAAUCGGAGAUGAGCCAAUCAGGCUCCACAAUGGGCCAACCUUCUGGUGAUCUUGGACCUGGUUCCGUCAGGAAUGAUGGCGUUUUGAGAGCGGUGAUUGAUACUUCUGCUCCUUUUGAGUCUGUCAAGGAGGCUGUUAGCCGAUUCGGUGGAGUCGGUUACUGGAAACCCUCUCAACAUAAGCUCUCCGAAACUGAGCAUGAGGUGGAAGAGGCUGACAUUUCAAAAUUAGAGGAACAAACCGCACUGCUGGAAAAAGAUUUGAUCGUGAAAGAAAGGCAAACACUGGAUGUUCUCAAAGAGUUGGAAUCAACAAAAUCAAUGGUUGAAGAACUAAAAUUGAAGUUACAGAAACAGGCAUCUGAAGCCAAUGUGUCCCUGGAGUCAACUGCAGAUGAUAGAAAUUUGACACCUGCUUUAGAGGAAGAAAAGGAGGACCUUAACCGUGAGAAUCUUGGAGAUCAUCAUCAGAAUUUAAUGGGAGGUUUGAGCUGCUGCCCCUCUUCAGCUCCUGGUUUAAUUUUAAUGGAACUGAAACAGGCUAAGUUGAACCUUUCUAGGACUACUAAUGAUCUUGCUGAUAUUCGAGGUUCUGUUGAAUUUCUAAAUAAGAAAUUAGAAAAGGAAAAAAUAUCACUUGAAAAAACCCGUGAGAGGUUAACCCUAAAUUCCUCAAAGAUUUCAUCUCUUGAGGAAGAGCUAAACCAGACAAACCUAAAACUUAAAGCGGUGAAAGAUGCUGAAAUUAAAGGUGGUUCCGAGAACUCUUUGGAUAUAUCAAGAGAGCUCCAACGUCUGAAUUCUGAGACAGACCAGUUCAUAAAAAUGGGAGAAGCUGCACAGUCUGAAGUUCUGAAAGCAAUAUCUGAGAUUGAACAAACAAAAAGCAAGAUAAAAACAGCUGAGAUCAGGUUGAUUGCUGCCAGAAAAAUGAAGCAAGCAGCAAGAGCAGCUGAAGCUGUUGCACUUGCAGAGAUCAAGGCUAUGUCAACCUGUGAGAACUCAUCAGGAGAUUCCUCAAAGGCAGAUGUAGUAACUCUUACAUUUGAAGAGUAUUCAGCCUUAACCUGCCAAGCUCAAAAAGCCGAGGAGCUAUCCAAGGCCAAGGUAAUAGAUGCUAUGCAUCAAGUUGAUGAUGCAAAUGUUUCAAGGAUGGAAGUCUUAAAGAAGGUAGAGGAAGCUACAGAAGAAGUCAAAACCAGUAAGAGGGCCUUGGAAGAAGCCCUCAACAGAGUAGAGGCUGCAAAUAAGGGAAAGCUGGCAGUUGAAGAAGCUCUUCGCAAGUGGAGAUCUGACCAUGGGCUGAAAAGACGUUCAGUUCAGAACUCUACCAAGUUUAAGAAUUCAUACUCAUCUCACAAUCGGAGGGAUUCCCUUUUGCUGGAUGUAAAUGGACUAAACCUAGUGAGUGAUGCACCGACACCUGUUCUGAAGCCAACCCUAUCAAUAGGCCAAAUACUUAGCAGGAAGCUACUGUUGCCUGAAGAGUUUGAGACAGGAAUGCCGGCAGAAAAAGGCACCAUGAAGAGAAAGGUGUCACUGGGUCAAAUGCUCGGUAAACCAAAUGAUGAUGUACGCUCUACUUGUAAGGCUGAGAAGGAGAAUUGUCCCAAGCAGUUUUCUGGGAAGAGGAAGAAGUUUGGAUUUGUUAAAUUCUCGCUACUCUUGACAAAGCAGAGUAAGAAGAAGAGGCCAACUCCAAACUUGAGGUAGUGUUUCUUAGUUUCUAAUUUUAUCUCCUUAUCAUGGUGGACUCUUUCUCAUUCCUAUUUCUAGUGUUUCUAUUUUCAUGUAGCUGUUUCUAUUAGCUACUUAUAUAUCUUGUUUUUGGCUGUUGUAGAGAUGUAGAAUAUCCUACAUCUUUCCUCGGCCAUUUCUAAGUUUAUGCGACUCUUCCACCCCAUGAUAUUUCCCUUGAAAUGGGAUUUGACUGGACUGUAUGCUGGGAUGUAAUUUGUUCUGGAGAACUAAUAUGACUUGUGAUUAGAAUCUUCUGAUCUCACCAGUGAAUUCCAAGCUGAUAUGCUUGAUUAGUUA